AAGAUGGAUCCAGUUAAACUAGUGAUCAGCUGAAUUAAGUCACUGCCAGCCCAGUAGGCACUAGAGGUUUUGUGUCCGAUCCCAGAGAUUCUUCCUAACGCUGAUGCAACACAUUGACACAGGAGCGUGCGGUGAGGCUGGCUCUGCGCUGAGGCGUUUCCUGCUUUUAGAAUCGACACCGUGUGCAGGAAGAAGAAUACUAAACAAUGGGAGAGCAGCUGAGUCCAGAUGAAAAGUACCACCUCAUUACCAGGAAUCUGCAGGAGGUGCUGGGAGAGGAGAAGCUGAAAUCUGUGCUGCAGGAGAGGGAGCUGAAGGUGUACUGGGGCACUGCCACCACAGGCAAGCCUCAUGUGGCCUACUUCGUGCCCAUGUCCAAAAUCGCCGACUUCUUGAAGGCGGGGUGUGAGGUGACCAUCCUGUUUGCUGACCUGCACGCUUACCUGGACAACAUGAAGGCCCCAUGGGAGCUGCUGGAGCUCAGGACGAAGUAUUACGAGCAGGUGAUCAAGGCCAUGCUGGAGAGCAUCGGCGUGCCACUGGACAAGCUCAAGUUCAUCAGGGGCACGGACUACCAGCUCAGCAGGGAGUACACUCUGGAUGUGUACAGGCUGUCGUCCAUGGUCACUCAGCAUGACGCCAAGAAGGCAGGAGCGGAGGUGGUGAAGCAGGUGGAGCACCCCUUACUGAGCGGGCUUCUGUACCCUGGACUACAGGCUCUCGAUGAGGAGUACUUGAAGGUAGAUGCCCAGUUUGGGGGCGUGGAUCAGAGGAAGAUUUUCACUCUUGCGGAAAAGUACUUGCCCUCCCUGGGCUACGCCAAGCGUAUCCACUUGAUGAACCCCAUGGUCCCAGGCUUGACGGGGACAAAGAUGAGCUCCUCCGAGGAGGAGUCCAAGAUUGACCUGCUGGACAGGAGAGAGGAUGUGAAGAAGAAGCUGAAGAAGGCGUUCUGCGAGCCGGGCAACAUCCAGAACAACGGGGUCCUGUCCUUCGUCAAGCAUGUCCUCUUCUCCCUGCACUCAGAGUUCGCCAUUAAAAGGGAUGAGAAGUGGGGAGGUGACAAAGUCUACACAACCUAUGAGGACGUGGAGAAGGACUUUGCAGCAGAGCUCAUUCACCCAGGGGAUCUGAAGGCUUCAGUGGAGGAGUCCUUGAACAAGCUCCUGGACCCUAUCAGGAAGAAGUUCGAGAGCCCCGAGCUGAAAAAACUGACCGGUUCUGCCUACCCUGACACUUCCAAAAACAGGCCAGCCAAAGGAAAUCCUAAAAACCCGGAGGAGGAGGAGAUCGUCCCGUCCAGGCUGGAUAUCCGAGUGGGGAAAGUGCUCAGUGUCGAGAAGCACCCCGACGCCGACAGUCUGUACGUGGAGAAGAUCGACGUGGGCGAGGCGCAGCCGCGGACGGUGGUGAGCGGCCUGGUGGCCUUCGUGCCCGCGGAGGAGCUGGAGGGCAGGCUGGUGGUGCUGCUGUGUAACCUCAAGCCACAGAAGAUGAGGGGGGUGGAGUCCCAGGCCAUGCUGCUCUGCGCCUCGCUAGGCCAGGGGAAUCGGCAAGUGGAGCCCCUGGACCCCCCUGAAGGCUCGGCGCCGGGGGAGCGGGUCUUCGUGGAGGGGUACGAGGCGGGCAGGCCGGACGAGGAGCUGAAGCCAAAGAAGAAGGUCUUUGAGAAGCUGCAGGUUGACAUGAAGGUGUCGGAAGACUGCGUGGCUCAGUGGAAGGGGAGCAGACUGGCGACCAAGCUGGGGCAGAUCACCUGUAAGACUCUUAAGGGCGGCAGCAUCGGCUAAACACCACCGGCACCCCCCCUGCCCUGCAGAGUCCGCCUGAACCCGUGGCCCCUGUGUGGCACAGCCUGGCAAGAGUCAGCCAUGUCUGCUGAGAGGGCGAGGGGUUCAAACAGGACACUGGGAACACGCUGCGCAUAAAAUAAUGUACACACGGAGGGUUAGGGUAUUGUUUUGGAGGGACAAACAAAUUGUCGAAAGAACUUGUGAGCAUGUUACAAAGCACUGACAUUAAUUUGGGAAAAAUCAUAGUGGCAGGUUAUUUGUUUCAGCUUUGCUGCAGCCCACCAGGUUUAUGCUCAGCAAGGCUUCUCCUACAUUUAUUCCAGUUUCCGAAGUUCAUGUCUCAGUAGAAACCGUCUUUUUUUCAGAACACUGGUUCUUCGGGUGGGUGACAAAAGCUAUAGUGGCAGAAAACCAACAUGAUCUUGAAAGUUGAGAUCUCCAGAUGCUGGCAAUCCCUGGGGGUGCCACUUUCUGAUUUUAGUGCCACAGGUUCUUAUUUCUCAGCUCAGCUCGGGGAACUGGCUCAGGAUCCCCAUCCAGUCAGCAACUGAGUCUUGAUCUCCCAAUCAGUCUGACACUGAGUUAUUUAUUCAGUACAAACCACGGUCGCUUUAUGACAGCUGCCUCACGGUUCCUAGGUCUUGGGUUUUAUUGUGGAGCGGGGACUCUUCUGGGUGGAGUUUGUAUGUAUGUUAUCCCAGUGUUCACAUGGUUUUCCUCCCACCUUCAAAGACACGUUGGUGUCUACAUUCUCCUGUGGUGGGAGGCCUGUGAUGGACUGGCAUCCUAUCGCUGAUGAGUUCUGGGUUGUAGGGACCUCUUGCUGAUGGAUGUUAUGUGCCAGAUGCUUCCCCACCAAAGUGAUUUACAAAGACUGUGAGAUCUCUGCAAGUUCUCUUAUCACCAGCUUCAUAGCUCACCCAGUGGAUGAACGACAGACAUUCAGCCCAUUGCUCUGUGGCACUGUAAUGGCACAACUAGGAUUCACACCCAUAACUAACCCAAUUUCCAAGCUUCAUACCUUUACCACCCACUGGACCACCUGGGCUCUCCAGGUGCUAAUUGGGUCAUGCACUGACCCUUGUAACCUAUCACUUGACUCCCACCUGGCCCAUCAGUGAAUAAUCAAGCACGAAUUAAUCCCUCUGCCAGUCUCAGCAGGCACAUGAAGCAAGUGAAGUUAGACUCUGCAGGUGGUACUAAAGUAAAAACACAUCCUUCAUGUAGAACGGGAGGCCACUAUGUUCAUCAGAUUGCCAUGUAACCAUUUGCAAGGCUGUACUGUAACUCGUUUUAUCUCGCUGUUAAAAGCAACAGUGACCACCUGUAAAUUAAUAAAACGUUGUCCAAGUCA